GAGCGUGAACUACGCUGGGAGUGGCUUGGUCUUUGGCCAUGAAAUCGUCCACGCCUUUGAUAACACAGGGAUUAAAUAUAGCAAAGAAGGCGUCCCGGGCGAGUGGUGGAACAACGAAAUUCUACAAGUGUUCCAAGAACGAGCCCAGUGCCUGGUGGAACAAUACAAUCAUUAUUUCUACAAGCCAGCCCGCGCAUAUGUGGAUGGAGAUCUGACACUGGGUGAGAACAUCGCUGACAAUGCUGGAAUCAAGUUGGCCUACAGGGCAUACAAGAAACACGUGGCGAGGCAAGAACAAGAAGAGCAAGAGUUUCCAGGUGUGCCCUACACGGAUGAGCAGGUGUUCUUUAUAAAAUUUGCACAGAAUUGGUGUCUCGUAGAAACUGCCGAGGCCGCUAAGUCGCAAAUAAGAGACGUUCACAGUCCUUCUCCUUUCAGGGUUAUUGGAUCUCUUCAGAACUCAAAGGACUUUCCGCGUGUCUUCAACUGUCCCGUGGGAUCUCCAAUGAAUCCUAAAAAGAAAUGCGAGGUGUGGUAG